UGGUCGGGCGUGUCAGGCAAGAUGACGCCCCUGCACUCGUAUCAUUGAACCUUCGAUCGCUUGGGAAUAUCUCCUCACUUAUCCUGGUGAUGGCGCAAUCCCCUUACUCUGCUCAGCAGCGCUCCGCGCGUUCCUCGCCCUCACACUCGUUACAGGUUGCGGAUACUGGCUCAAUGACCGUUGAGACAAUAGUCUCCUACCUGGUGGCCUCCAAACGCUCCUUGGGAAGCAUCCACCUUGUCCAUCGAGCCACGACUAUCCUCUCAGAUGCACGUGCUGCCAUCGAGUCGACGACAGCCCUCCUCGCAAAGACUACCUACCUUCGCCGGUCACUAUCGACCCAAUUGAAGACCCUCCGGGCCGUACAGUUCGAGUUGGAGUCGGCCGCACAUGUCAUACAACAAGACUUUCAAGCAGUAAUCAAAGAGUUGGACGAUACUGGUGCGAGACUGUUACAAUGUGUAGAUUUCCUGAAGCAGACCACCAUCGAAGAGGCGUUCAAGUCGCACGGCGAAGUCGAAGGCGCCGCAGGUAAGGAUACCUUGCACGAUUUCGUGGAUGACGAUGGCCUUGAGAAGAUAAAGGAAGCCAUGAAGGUAGCCAUCGAUAACGUCCAGAAUGAUCAAUAUGAAAUCAACCAUUCUAUCCAGACCCUCGAGGAAGACUUACAGACCAUCAACGAAGUGCUCAACAACAGGAUAGACAUAUCGAGCACAGAAAGCGAGUUACAGCAACCUACCAUGGCCAUGACACUUUCGCUUCUGGAGCAUCACGCAAGAGAGAUGGCACAGGGGCUGGAAAGUCUGGUCAAACAUUUCGACCUUUGCGUGACUGCGAUCAAACACACAGAAGGUGGUGGUGCCGCAGUCGUGCAAACAAUGAAUGCCAAAGCGGAAGAUCUGCCUGACGCAAUAGGGAUGGGAAUGGACGAACUGCAGGCGCCGGCUCAGCCCAUGAACGAAGAAGAACGCAUAGAGAUGCUUCAAGUCCUCGAAAACGACGCGUCAGAGGUUGACGAGGUGGUCAUGGAGCUACAAGAUCGGAAUGCUGAAAUGGAGGCACAUCUCGACCGAAUAUACCAGUGGCGUGAAAGGCAAGACAAUGCCUACGGCGAUGUCAACACAGCCUUUGGCCUGCUGGAGAAGAUCUCUGGGCGGCUGUCGAGCUAUGUGGUAGAAACGGUUCGGCACGCAACACGAUGGCAGGAAGAGAAAGCCAAAAUUGAAGAUGGCAUAGCCGGGAUGGAAGAUCUGUGCGACUCCUACUCAAAUUUCCUUCGUGCCUACGAUGGGCUGAUUGUCGAAGUCGAUCGGCGUCGGACGGCGAAGAAGCAAAUGGAGCGUAUCGUUUCAAGUGCGCAUGCCCAACUCGAAGAUCUCUACGAACAAGAUCGACAGUUGAGGUUGAAGUUUCGUGCUGACUUGGGCGAGUUCUUACCCGGGGACAUCUGGGGCGGAGUCGACGCACUGCCUCCUCGGUUUGCCAUCAACAGACUGGAUGAAGAUGGCUUCGAUGCAAGCGUGCCCGAGCUGCCCCAAAGCAUGGUGGAGGAGGCGUUAAAGAGACUCCAAUGAUAGCGAU